AUGAAUCCAGAUCAUCCCCAAUCUAUGUCUGAUUCUGAAUAUAUUAUUCCAAAAGGGGAACGAGAAAAAAGGAAAACUAACGCUACGGAGCAUGAUGCAGUAGAAGAAGAAGGAGACGUUGGACGAGGUUUACAUACCAAGAUCCAUCCUGCUUUAUUAUCAUCCAAUUUAAAUUUCAUUAGGGAACAAUAUCAUCAUGAUAAUCCGUACCUAAGCACAUUCAACACCCAGCCGUCUACUAAGACUAGGAAGGGACAGCGGAUACAAACUUUUUUCCAACCAGGUGAAGUCUCAAAGAGGAUUCAACAUGAAAGAGAAUUACAAAGAAAAGUUCUCGAACAAGAGCGGAAGUUUAAUGAAUUAGAACGUCAAAGGCGAACUAAAGAAGAUGAGGUUACGAAAUUGAAAAUACAGAAUUGUGAGUUGCCCGAUUUAGCAUUAGGAGAGGAUAAGUAUAUUCCAAAUGUUGAUGAUAUACCUGAUUGUGAAUGGUGGGAUGUUGUUUAUUUGGAUACAACGGAUAAGACUAAGAUAUUAGAUAAAUAUUCAAUGCAAUAUCCUUCAGUGGAGGAAGAUGAGGAUUUUGUUUCAGAUGAGGAAGAUGAAGAGGAAAGACAUCCUUCCAUUCGUUAUAUUCAACAUCCUGUACCGAUUAAAAUGGAAUUAUCUAACCAAGGGGGGAGACCGAAUAAAGUUUAUUUGACUAAAAAGGAGCAGAAAAAGAUUCGUAGGAAUAAAAGGAAAUUAAUACGACAAGAGAUUGAUGAAAAGAUUAAACUUGGGUUGGAACCGAAACCGGUACCGAAAGUGAAAUUAUCGAAUAUGAUGAAUGUUUAUGAGAAUAAUCAAAAUAUCACAGAUCCUACUAGUUGGGAAGUAACAGUGAAACAACAAAUGGAAGAAAGGAAAAGGAAGCAUGAAGAAAUUAAUCAGAAAAGACAUGAAGAGGCUGUAAAGAAAAGACGUGAAGCUCAAACUAUUGUGCAGUCAACGAAUUCUGGUGUUGGUGAUACAUGUUGUAAAGUGUUUUGGUUUAAAAACCUUCGAAAUCCGAAGAUAAGAUACAAAUUGAAGAUGAAUAGUAAACAACUGUUAUUAAAUGGUCUUUGUAUCCGAAUUGGUGACGAUGGACCUGGAAUUAUAAUUGUUGUUGGUAAAGAAAAAUCAUGUAAAUUUUAUGAAAAACUAGUAUUAAAUAGGAUUAAAUGGGAUGAGAAUUUUGAAAAUAAAAUCAAUGGUACAAUUGUAGAUCAAACAGGAACAUAUUCUGAAAAAAUAUGGGAAGGUAAUCUAAAAGAAAACAAGUUUCCUAAACUAUUUAUGAAAGCUUGUGCCGAUGAAAAAGAAUUUAAAAGGAUUUUAAACCAAUUUAACGCUCAAAAUUUCAUGGAUUUACAUCAAAUUAGAACGGAAUGA